UUUUAUCAGUAUAGCACUCGCACCAUCGUCGUCUUCGCCCGCGUCCGCGCUCGUGUCGCUGAGCCCGGCGCCCGCCUCCUUCCACCGACGCACGCCAGCCAUUCCGAAGGAGCGCUUCCCUUGUCGCCGUCCUCCUCCCCCGCCUCUACCUACCCUGUCCUCCGCACCGCUCCCCUACUGUUGGGACUUGGGAGAUUGCUCAUCGCUUGCUCGUAAUGCUGCAAUGGAUGGGCGGUUCGAGGAGGAAGGUGUACGCCGUGAGUACCCACAUCUCUACCUUAAUCUCCUCUGUGCUGUACUUCGCCACACUUAAUUUGGCAAUUAGCAUGAUUUCAACUGUUUCGUGUUUCACUUUUGCAUUCAAACUCCAAAAUAAUCAUUGCGGAUACUGUGUUUUAACAUUUUAUGACAUGGUGCCAACAUUUGCUUAUGUUUGGAUGGUUUUGCGUUCUGCUUGUUCGGCCCGGGAAUGAGCAGUCCAGGAAAUCAACACAGAGCAGACAAAGGCAGUACUUCGAACAAAAGAAACGGCAACAGCAGAGGCCAGGGCUACAGAACCAGAAUGACGUAGCAGGAGGUCAAGGUUCCCAUGAUCAGGAGCCUCGAUCACUUGAUGUCCUAAACAUCAACAAUCUGGCAACUCCAAAUAGUCAUCACAAUGAAUCCACAAAUGCAGAUGGUGCUAUUACACAAGUGGAGUGCACUCUUUCAGAAGUUUCCCCUACAGAGGCGCUAAAGAAGAUCACUUCUUUAUGCAAUAGCAACUUGAAUGAAGCAGGCUCUCAGCCAAGAUUGUCAUCACCCUUUGGUCAUCAAGAUGUUGCAGCAGCUGUUAACUCUUAUGAAGAACCUCUUGGUGUUAAAAUAUCCCCAACCAUAACUAUAGCACCAGGCAGAAAAAAUCAAAAUCUGGUACUCCAAAGUGGUGAUGUUUCCUUCACUAUUACCAAUAGUUUCUAUCAUCCCUACGGAUUGAGUUACUGUUCAAAUCUGUGCAACUAUACGGAAAAGGAAAAUUGUUAAAAUAAUAUGACCUG